AUGAGUUCUUCGGACCAUACCUUCACCACGACUGCUGUCGGCUGGGCCGUGAUCAUUGGUGUCAUCGGCGCUGUUGUUCUCCUCCGCAGUCCCAAGACCAGAGCAACCACCGCAAAGACGGUUGCGCAGGCAAAGCAAGAUGUCGGUGCCGAUAUCGCUUCCGCCACGGCUGCCUUGAAGAAGAAGGCCGAGAAGGCGACCAAGCAGAAGCCCAAGCCCAAGCCCAAGCCCUCGACGAGCGAGAAUGCUGCUGCUGCCACCACCACCACCACCAGCAACUACGAUCCUGCGGCUGAGGCUGCUGCGAAGCGAGACGAAGCUCGUGCCAACCAGGACUUCGCGCAAUCCUUGGCCAAGAUUAAGACAGGUGCCCAGUUUACAGCACCCAAAUCUGAGAAGAAGAAGCAGAAGUCCGUCAAGCAGUCGCAUGCUCAAGAGGCCGACACCCCUGUUGCCCAGCAGUCAGCACCUUCCUCAGCGGCCGGUGACGCUGAUGAUGAUCUCUCGUCAGCUGCUUCUCCUCAGGCCGCUCCUGCUGAUACCACAGGUGUCUCGGACAUGCUCGAGUCUCCCUCAGCAGGACCUUCGGUGCUGCGCUUGACCGACACGGACAAGGUCAAGGCUAAGCCCAAGAAGGAGAAGGCCCCGGCUGUCGUUGAGACCAAGAAGCAGCGACAGAAUCGUCUGAAGAACGAGCAAAAGAAGCUCGAGAGAGAACAAGAUGAGAUCGAGCGCAAGAAGCUUGAAGAGGCACAGCGGCGGCGCGCUCGAGAGGCCAGGGGCCAGGCUGCCAAGGACGGAUCUACCUUCACUAACAACUCCAACGCCUGGACAGCAAAGACCAACGGUGACUCUACACCGAAAACUGUUCAGCCGCUCGACACAUUCGAUGAUCUGGUCCCUGCUGCCAACACCCCGAAGCCUUCAACUCCCCAGCCUGCUGCCACCAAGCAGCCAUCUGACUCUUGGGCAUCGUCGCUGCCUUCGGAAGAGGAGCAAAUCGCUCAGGUCAUGGAUGACUCGUCUGCCUGGAGUGAGGUUACUAACAAGAAGACCAAGAAGGGCAAGAGAUCCGACGAAGCCGUGGCUGAGAAGCCUCUUUCCGCCCUUACCCCUGCCCCAGUAUCCCAGGCUCCUGUCCAUGUCAACAAGUCGAAGCCAGCUCUCAGCAGCCACUCGUCUUUCGCCGCCUUGACUCCCGAGGAGACGGCCGACGAUGAGGUCGAGGAGGAGUGGGAGGUCUGA